AUAAGAAAGAUUUGACAUCUCGACACCGGCUCUUUGCCACCUGAAUAGUUCUAUGUCUCAAAUUUUGAUAAGUUAUUUACCAUAUAAAGCGGUACCUGAAUUGUAUUCAAAACGUCAUAAGACAUAAGUUAGCCUUACAAAUUCAACAGGGGCAAAGGGACGAGUAGUUGCUCCACGAUAAAAGUUGAUCUAGUAGAAAAAAAUGAUAUUUCUAAGAGCUCAUAUUAACAGAAAGGUUUGACAUCUGGAUAUCAGCUCUUCGCCUGGGUUAUUUUAUACUUCAAGUGUUGAGUUGUUUGCCCUUAAAAGGUAUCAAAAUUGUAUCCAAGACGUAGUGAGAUAGUUCGAUCAAUAUUAUGAAUAUUAUAAUUAUAAUAAUUAUAGUAUUAUUUUGUCCUAUUGUUACACAAUUGACAUGGCUUUUUGGUACUUUACUCAAUCCAUUCUCACCUCCUAUUUAUAUACCUCCCUUCUUUCUUCUCUCCUAAUUAUAUACCUCCUUCUUGCACCUCUCCCCAUUUAUUCUUCUCAUAAAGUUCUCCUUAGUUCAUUCAUCCAUCUUCCUCCAUUUUCUAAUUAUACAAUCAACUAAGCGAAUCCAUUGAAUCAAACAAAAUGGGUAUAUGCAAUUCGUGUGAAUCUACAUCUGUUGCUACGGCAAAAUUAAUACUACAAGAUGGAAGAUUACAAGAGUUCUCAUAUCCCAUAAAAGCUUCAUAUCUCUUACAAAAAGAUCCAACCAUUUUCAUUUGUAACUCGGAUGAAAUGGACUUUGGGGAUAUGAUUUCCGCCAUAAAUGGUGAUGAAGAGCUUCAAUUAGGUCAACUGUAUUUUGCUCUGCCUUUGAAGAGGCUAAGAAGGAGGCUUAGGGCGGAUGAAAUGGCAGCGUUAGCAAUGAAGGCUAGUUCUGCAUUGAAAAGAAGUAGUAGUAGUUGUUGUAGAGAUAAAUGUGGGUGUCGUAAUAAGGAGUUUGUAUUUUUUGAAGGGAAGGGCGGUGGCAAAGUGGCGAGGAAAGUGGCAGAUGGUUCAUUGAGAAAAGGGAGGAGUAGUGGUGGUGGUAGUGGAAGGAGAGGGAAGCACACAACGAGGUUGAGUGCAAUACCGGAGUAGGGUAAAACCUUGUUUUGAUAACUUUUUGUUCUAUCGGGUAAAAAUACCUUUGCAAGAAGGAUAAAAUAGUUGAGGUGCUCGCGAAUAGAUCAGAACGUGACGGUCACAGAAAAGAAGAAAGGUAUUGUGGAUAGGAUAAACCUUUCGGUCAUUGAAAUUAUGUAAAAAGACAUAUUUUGAAAGGAUGAAAAUUGGAGAUUGAUCUUGGAAAACGCGCGAGAUGAAAUUACAAUUGAUUUUGGAGGUGUUGGAAGCAACAUCCGAAGAUCAAUCUGAUUCCUUGCAUUAGAGAUCAGAGAAGGAGAAGUGAAAAAGGGUAAGGAAAGUUGUCGUUCGUGAUGUGAAAGAUUUUCACUGAUAUCACUAGAGUAGCAAUAAUUGUUAAUCUUUGGAUUACGGUAUUGUUCAUUUUAAUUGUAAAUAGUAGGUUUUGUAAAUACAUUGAGAUUCAAUCUUUUGUAAAUACGUUGAGAUUCAAUCUCUAUUAUUUGGGUGAUUCAAAAUUGGUAUUGUUUUUCUAUGAUAUUUUCUUUGCUGCUUAUUAACGAUAGUUGGGGUUGUAUCAUAAUUUUAAUUUUUACCCUGAAAGUCAAAGGAUUUGAUAAGCCA